AGAGAGAGAGAGGAGAGAGAGAAGGAAAGAGAGAGAGAGGAGGAAAAGGCUGUGUUACAGUCAGUGGCUCCAGCGCUGUGUUGAAGGACACGAGGAGGACGAGCAGAGAGAGAGAGAGAGAUCUGAUCCUGACUAACAGCGGGGAUGGAGGACGGCGGCGGCGGCGGCGGCAGCCAGCAACAACAGGAUGAAAAGGGCAAACCCGAGAAAAGGUUCACGUUGUGGUACAUGGGCUGGUCCACCUUGGACAGGAGGACCACCCUGCCCAUGCUGCCCUGGUUGAUGGCCGAGAUCCGGAGACGCAAUGAGAAGCAGGAGCCAGGAUCCUCUUUGUCAGCCCGGGAGGUGGUGCUGAUCCUCACGCCAUCCCUCAUCAGGUGUGUCCCCCACUCCACCAGCAGCAACAUGAGCGUCUUCAUUUUCGAACACAAGGCUCACUACAUCACCAGGUUCAUCCACAACAGUCAAGACCUUACCUACUUUGCCUAUUUGAUCAGGACCCAGCCUGACAACCCAGAGUCUGAGAUGGCGUGCCAUGUUUUCAGGGCCACUGAUCCUAACCAGGUUCCUGAUGUCAUUAGCAGUAUCCGUCAAGUUUCCAAAGCGGUCUUGAAGGGGGACGCAAAAUCCCGGCAAGAUGGCGAAGAUGCUUUUUACAACUCACAAAAGUAUGAGGUGCUCUAUUGUGGUAAAGUGGUGGUGACCCACAAGAAGGCUCCGUCCACCCUCAUCGACGACUGCAUAGAGAAGUUUACCCAGCACGAACUGGAGCGGCAGCGACUCAAGUUGCUGAACGAGCAGGCUCCUUCAGAUGCAGAUGUUGGCCAGGGUGAAGCAGAUGCUGUAGGGGAUUCCAAUUCCGAGAAUAUAUUUGGUGACCCGACCUGCGAAGCUGCUGUGAAUACUAACCUACUCUCAGCCAGCCAAAGCCAGAGCAGCUUGUCAGCUUCUCGCCUGGCUAUGGCCCAGUCCAUUCUGGAGGACACGGCAUUUGAUGACCAGCAAGCGGAGUUCCGGUCCAGGUGUAACAGUGUUGCCAGUAUUAUGCCAAAGAAGGUGCCUGAUCUCAGCAACAAAGUGCAAGCACGUAGACGUCAUGCAAGUGCUCCAAGCCAUGUGCAGCCCUCUGACUCAGAGAAAAAUAGGACAAUGUUAUUUCAGAUUGGACGGUUUGAAAUUAACCUCAUCAGCCCCGACAGCAAAACAGUUGUACUGGAAAAGAAUUUCAAAAAUAUUUCCUCAUGUUCUCAGGGUAUAAAACAUGUAGACCAUUUUGGCUUCAUUUGUCGUGAAUGUGUGGAACCGGGAUUAAAUCAGUAUGUGUGCUACGUAUUCCAGUGUGCCAGUGAAUCACUGGUGGAUGAAGUCAUGCUGACUCUAAAACAGGCCUUCAGCACUGCUGCUGCCCUUCAGAACGCUAAGACUCAGGUCAAACUGUGUGAAGCCUGUCCUAUGCAUUAUUUACACAAACUGUGUGAAAGGAUUGAAGGUCUAUACCCACCAAGAGCCAAACUUGUCAUACAGAGACAGCUCUCCUUGUUGAGUGACAAUGAGCAAGCAGAUAUUUUCGAGCGUGUUCAGAAAAUGAAGCCAACUGACGACCAAGAUGAGAAUGAACUGGUGAUUCUUAUGUUGAGACAGAUAUGUGAGACCAAACAGAAAACCCACAUGCACCUCGGAGAAACUCCUGUGAAUGUACCAAACAGCAUGAUCCCAGAGCACUCGGCAAGCACAGGCAGGUUCAAACUCGAUGUUCUGAAAAACAAGGCGAGGAAAUCCUUAACCACCUCCCUGGAAAAUAUCUUCUCACGGGGUGCCAAGAUGCGUGGCCGGCUGGGAAGCAUAGACAGCUUUGAACGUUCUAACAGCCUGACAUCUGAUGCAUCCAGGGACGGCUCGCCAGGGGACUCCCCUCCAGCCACUCCACCAGUUAGUCCACGGGCUUCUCCCAUCUCUUCGCUGGGCCAUCCGUUUGCAGAGGAAGAGUCCAAGUCGCCUCAGUUCCGGAGACGGGCUCACACUUUCAGCCACCCACCAUCGAGCAGCAAGCGGCGGAUUAGUUUCCCUGACGAAAGGCCGCACCAUAAUAGGUCUCCAAUCGCACGUCAGCAAUCAGAGAUAAUUCGGAGCAGCCCCGACAGUGUCAUAAGAUGUAACUCAGCGACUGAAUCCAAUUUGGGCAGCAUCCCCUCAUCCUUCUCCACCCCUUCUUUCCUGAAAUCCAUUUACUCAAGCUCUGGCAGGCUGCUCCAGCAGUCGGAGAUCGGGACCGCCAGGAGUGAUGGUGAAGGCAUGAGGAGGACCCUCUCUGGCUGCAGUACAGAAUCUUUGAUUGGAGGUGGGAUUCUUCUCACCCCUCGUCGGGUCUCGUGGCGUCAGCGUAUCUUCCUACGAGUUGCUUCACCAAUGAACAAAUCUUCUGCAGCCAUGCAGCAGAAAGGUAGUCUGGAAGAUCAUUUUGACGGCAUUGAUCUGCCACCUCUUUCUCCUCUUGCACCUGCCGUGCAGGAGGACCCCCUGGCAACUCUGCUGGCAGAGGAUGACUUGCUGGUUGGAGAUAGGAAGAAGCGCUCCUCUGAUCAGCUCCGCAUCAUGUGGAGGAAAGCCAUUUGCCAACAGAUCCUCUUACUUCGGAUGGAGAAGGAGAAUCAAAGGCUGGAAGCAAGCAGAGAUGAGCUGCAGACCAGGAAGUGCAAACUGGACUACAAAGAGUUUGCUCCCUGUCAGAAAGAGGUUUCUGCUGUUUGGGAUAAGAUGCUGACCACUCCAGGACGAGCGAAGGUUAAGAUUGACAUGGAAAAGGUUCAGAUUGUUCUUAGUCAAGGUGUACCAAAGAGUCGCCGAGGGGAGAUCUGGCAGUUUUUGGCUGAACAGUAUCGUUUGAGGCACAGAUUACCAGAUAAAUACCAGCCAGGUGACAUUUCAUACAAAGAACUCUUGAAACAAUUAACGACACAGCAACAUGCCAUCUUGGUAGACCUUGGACGAACAUUUCCAACCCAUCCGUACUUCUCUGCACAGUUGGGAGCUGGGCAGCUGUCACUGUUUAACCUGCUGAAGGCCUACUCGUUGCUGGACAAGGAGGUUGGCUACUGUCAGGGCAUCAGUUUCGUUGCCGGGGUGCUCCUCCUGCACACCAGUGAAGAGCAAGCUUUUCAGAUGCUAAAGUACCUUAUGUAUGACCUAGGCUUCCGUAAACAAUACAGACCCGACAUGAUGUCAUUACAGGUUCAGAUGUACCAGCUGUCCAGACUUCUGCACGACUACCACAGGGACCUGUACAGCCAUCUGGAAGACAACGAGGUCAGCCCCAGCCUCUAUGCAGCACCGUGGUUCCUCACCUUCUUUGCGUCCCAGUUUCCAUUAGGAUUCGUAGCCAGAAUCUUUGACAUUAUGUUUCUUCAGGGGACUGAAGUGAUAUUUAAAGCAGCAUUAAGCCUGCUAAGCAGUCACAAGGAAUUAAUCAUGCAGUGUGAUAGCUUUGAAAGUAUUGUAGAUUUUAUAAAGUCCACCAUUCCCAACCUGAGCCAUACACAGAUGGAGAAAACAAUCGUCCAGGUGUUUGAGAUGGACAUUUCCAAGCAGCUCCAUGCCUAUGAGGUGGAGUAUCAUGUGCUGCAGGAUGAGAUGCUGGAGGCCUCGUCACCCUGUGAAGAAGGGGAUCGUCUGGAGAAAUUGGAGAGGGCGAAUAAUCAGCUCAAGAGACAAAACAUGGAGCUUCUGGAAAAACUCCAGGCUGCCCGCUUCAAAAUACAGAACCUGGAGACCAGCAUUGAAAGCAUUUUGACAAGAGAAAAUAAAAUGAAGCACUUGAUCCGUACCUUGGAACAAGAAAAGCAGACACACUUAAAAACUAUAGAAUACUUGAGGAAAUAUUUACCAGCAGAAGAGUUUUCCGAUGGAGAACUUCUAGUGAGGAAAAACUCAGGGCUUUUCUUCGCGAGAAAACCAGAACUGAUGGAUGAAGAUGCAGACAGUAGCCCAAAUAGCAAAGUUAAAGAAGGAAAUAGUAAGCCAUGAAAGAACAGAUGCAGAGUGUGUAGCAGUAAGAGUCUAUUAGCUGUGAGAGGAUGUAAAAAGUGCAUGCUUUACUAGGCCUUUGUAUCUGAGACUGUUUCAUCACACAGUACAUGGCUCAGAGAAAUUGUUAAGGCCUGUGUAAAUGUAAGAAUUUGGCAUAUAGAAACUGAUAGUCAUUUCUGCAGUUUUUUAAGAAGUUUUUUUUAAAAAAGAUUUUGAACACUUCUACAACUGAUUUAUUCAGCGUUUAGUGCAUCUAAACAUUGUGAUGAGAGGCUCAAUUUCCAUUUCACAAUCAAUAGUUUUUAAUCUUGUUUCUUUUUGUUACACUUCAGCUGAAGCUGCUUGAUCAUUUAACAAACAAAAAAAACUCAAGGUGAUGGUUCUGUGACAAUUCACUUGAAUCCUCUGACUGCCAUAUUUAGUUACUGAACUGAGGAUAAUAGAUUUAUUGAAAAUCAUGUGGUAAAUGUUGAAAAACUUGAUUUGAACAAAAAAGAAUGUAUUUUCCCUCCAAAGAACAGUACAUUUUUAUUACCUCAGAGUAAACUUAUCUUACUGUGGGAUAAUGAUAAAAAGCAAAGUAAUUUCUUCAUGCCUGCAGUUUUAACUGUAAUUGAGGAUUGGAUGGGGCUGUGGUUCAUUCUCUCCAAACUAUAGGACUUGCAAAAGUGCCAAAUUUUACAGCUUUCACACUGAGUGAGAACCUGUUCCCUUAUGCAAUGAAACUCGGUAAAAUCUAAUGGCUCGAAGGGAGGUGAGUAUUGGAAAAGAGAAUCAAAGAAUAGAACCACUGCUGCCAUCUCUUUUUUUCCCUCCGAUGUUGCGUGUGAUAAAUGUAACCAAAUCAUAUAGGUUGAUGUCUGUAUACAAUAUACUGGUACAGGGUCUGUAAAACAAACCUAUUUCUUUUUGGAGUCCGUUGGUGUUAGAAAUUCCAAUAAAAUCAAAUGGAAAAUGG